AAAUCUAACCACUCUUUCGCACCCUACUCUGAGAUCUCGAUAUUUAUAUUAAUUAAAUAAUUAAUUAGAGAAGAGAAGAGAAAAAAUGGGAAGCACAGGAUUCUCAUGGAAAUUGGCGGAUCAUCCAAAGCUGCCGAAAGGAAAGCUGGUGGCUAUGAUUGUAUUGGAUGGUUGGGGUGAAGCGGAUGCUGAUAAGUAUAACUGUAUUCAUGUUGCUGAUACUCCUACCAUGGAUUCCCUUAAAAACGGUGCCCCUGAUAAAUGGAGACUGGUGAGAGCUCAUGGUACUGCUGUCGGGCUUCCCACGGAAGAUGAUAUGGGAAACAGUGAAGUUGGACAUAAUGCUCUUGGUGCUGGAAGAAUUUAUGCUCAAGGUGCAAAGCUAGUUGAUCUUGCUCUAGCCUCUGGAAAAAUCUACGAAGAUGAAGGUUUCAACUACAUUAAGGAAUCUUUUGCAGAUAAUACUCUGCACCUUAUUGGACUGAUGAGUGAUGGGGGUGUGCACUCACGUCUUGAUCAGCUACAGUUGUUGCUCAGAGGAGCUAGUGAGCGUGGUGCUAAGAAGAUACGUGUUCAUGUGCUUACUGAUGGCCGUGAUGUUUUGGAUGGUUCAAGUGUUGGUUUUGCUGAAAUACUUGAAGCAGAACUUGCAGAUCUACAAAGCAAAGGCAUCGAUGCUAAGGUUGCUUCUGGUGGGGGGCGAAUGUAUGUCACUAUGGAUCGUUAUGAGAAUGACUGGGGAGUAGUGAAACGUGGAUGGGAUGCUCAGGUUCUUGGUGAGGCCCCACACAAGUUUAAGAGUGUUGUUGAGGCUAUCAAGACACUUAGGCAAGCUCCUGGUGCUAAUGACCAAUACCUACCCCCGUUUGUCAUUGUUGAUGAUAGUGGAAAGCCCGUUGGUCCUAUUGUGGAUGGUGAUGCUGUCGUCACUGUCAACUUCCGAGCUGAUCGUAUGACCAUGCUUGCCCAAGCUCUGGAAUAUGAGAAAUUUGAUAAAUUUGACAGAGUGCGGGUCCCUAAAAUCCGUUAUGCUGGUAUGCUUCAGUAUGAUGGGGAGUUGAAGCUUCCAAGCCACUACCUUGUAUCUCCUCCAUUGAUAGACAGGACAUCUGGCGAAUAUUUGGUGAAUAAUGGAGUUCGCACUUUUGCUUGCAGUGAGACCGUCAAAUUCGGGCAUGUCACAUUUUUCUGGAAUGGAAACCGCUCUGGAUAUUUCAAUGCUGAGUUGGAAGAAUAUGUUGAAAUUCCCAGCGAUAGUGGAAUUACCUUUAACGUACAACCACUUAUGAAAGCUUUGGAGAUUGGUGAGAAGGCCCGUGAUGCUAUCCUCAGUGGAAGAUUCGACCAGGUGCGUGUGAACAUACCAAAUGGUGACAUGGUUGGGCAUACUGGUGAUGUUGAGGCUACUGUUGUGGCCUGCAAGGCUGCUGAUGAAGCUGUAAAGAUGAUCCUCGAUGCAGUAGAGCAAGUCGGUGGAAUUUAUGUGGUGACUGCAGAUCAUGGUAACGCUGAGGACAUGGUAAAGAGAAACAAGAAAGGUGAGCCUAUUCUCAAGGAUGGCGAAGUUCAGAUCCUAACAUCACACACUCUUCAGCCGGUGCCUAUUGCAAUUGGAGGCCCUGGGUUAGCAGCAGGUGUGAAGUUCCGUAAGGAUGUACCAAGUGGAGGACUAGCUAAUGUAGCGGCAACUGUGAUGAACUUGCACGGGUUUGUAGCUCCCGACGACUACGAGACAACUCUUAUUGAAGUUGUUGACUGAGUGAAAGCCAACGGUGGUUGGAAAAAUUUUUCACCCUGUAUUGAAUAAUUUCACGGAAACAGUAAACAUAUGACAAUAUGUUCAGUUACAUUUUCCAAUUUUGCUUAUCACCACCCCGCCUAUGAGUGGGUUUUAGUCGGUAUUGUUAUUGCUUUUUAUUUAAGCUAAAACAUGGUUGUAAGAGGAAUGGUUGAUUUAUUAAAGUUGCAGUUACUUUAUA